AUGAUUUCUGCUCUCAAAGCUGAAGAAGCGAGCCAGAUGCAGCUCGUUGAGCGCGAGGAAAUGGAUGAAGACGACGAUCUGUUCGAAGCGAUUGACAAAUUGAUUGCUCAAGGUAUUAACGCUGGAGAUGUGAAGAAGCUACAAGAUGCUGGAAUCCAUACCUGCAAUGGCCUGAUGAUGCAUACGAAGAAGAACCUCACUGGAAUCAAAGGUUUAUCUGAGGCCAAAGUUGACAAAAUCUGUGAAGCAGCUGAGAAGAUAGUGAAUUAUGGAUAUAUGACUGGAAGCGAUGCUCUUCUCAAGAGGAAACAGGUUGUGAAAAUCACUACGGGUUGCCAAGCUCUUGAUGAUCUCUUGGGAGGUGGAAUUGAAACCUCGGCCAUCACUGAGGCUUUUGGGGAAUUCAGGUCUGGGAAAACUCAGUUGGCACAUACCCUUUGUGUCACUACGCAGCUGCCUACAAACAUGAAAGGAGGGAAUGGGAAAGUGGCUUACAUUGACACUGAAGGAACCUUCCGCCCUGAUCGUAUUGUCCCAAUUGCUGAAAGAUUUGGAAUGGAUCCAGGAGCCGUGCUUGACAAUAUCAUCUAUGCUCGUGCUUACACCUAUGAGCACCAGUACAACUUGCUUCUUGGCCUUGCUGCAAAAAUGUCCGAGGAACCAUUUAGAAUUCUGAUUGUUGACUCUAUCAUUGCUUUAUUCCGAGUUGAUUUCACUGGUAGAGGAGAACUCGCAGACCGUCAGCAAAAGCUAGCUCAGAUGCUCUCAAGGCUUAUCAAAAUCGCAGAGGAAUUCAAUGUCGCUGUCUACAUGACCAACCAAGUGAUAGCUGAUCCAGGCGGUGGAAUGUUCAUAUCAGACCCAAAGAAGCCAGCAGGUGGUCAUGUGCUUGCUCACGCAGCUACCAUCAGGCUCCUGUUCAGGAAAGGCAAAGGAGAACAACGUGUCUGCAAAGUCUACGAUGCUCCAAAUCUCCCUGAAGCCGAAGCAAUAUCCUUUACACAUUGA